AUAAACCCAGGUGACAGAACUUGCCUUCACACACCGAGCGAAACUACCGUAGUAGACUCAGACAGAUAAACUAGGCUAGGAUAGUGUAUUCAACAAGUUUAGAUUAAGUUAACUCGAUUGAGAUUUCAAGCCGUAGCGGAACACUUCUCAUAUUUUAUUUUUAAUAGGAUCACGAAUUUUCUUUUUUAUCGUAUUGCCUAAGUCGAUUGCCAAAUAAGCUUAUCGGGCUUGACAGACCGCGUAUCGACAGGGACACUCAAGGGACCAACAGUUCAUCUCUUCGCACGUGGAGAUUCGCCUAUCACCCACAGGGAACGCUGAUAGACUUUUCACUGUCAAGGACUUUAAUUUCACAUUUUUUGCGAUUUUUGAAAGCGAAAUUAUCGUCAUGGACGUAUUUCAGUUUGUUGCCAUAUGCACCUGUGUUUUGGCUGCAGUGCUUGAUGUUCUGGUGAAAGCCAGCCCUAUUUGUACUGGGGCAAAGAUGGACAUAACGAACAGUUACGGCGUACGGACGGAGAAGGUUCACGGCAGUAGGGUCCAGUUCUCAAGCUUGUCUCCCUCGCUGGAUAAAGGGUCUAAACUAAACAUCGAGUUUAGAACCUCGUCGCCCUCCGGUUUCGUCUUCCUCGCCUCCACAGGCUCCAGAAGGUCUACCAUGACUGACUACGUGACGGUGUACCUGAAGGACGGACACAUGUAUUUCGCGUUCAAAUGUAACGGCAUGACGGGCCGGCUCCGAGAGAGGAAACAGCUGGACGACGGCCAGUGGCACAAGCUGAACUAUAAUCGUGAAGACGGGACGCCGGGCGCCAUUAAAAUCAACCAUGAAUCCCCGUACCGCCGCUACCAGGUCUCGUGCCCUUCCUUCAACACCCUGUUCUUUGGCGGACUACCACCUCACUUGGUGCGACAAGUGACGUCAGAUCUGGGAUUAGAGAACGAAUUCGGCAACAACAAAGCUCACCGCUUAGAAGGAUGCUUCCGUAACGUAAACAUUGACAAUAAACAAUUCCGUGUUGAGCCUUCCUAUCACAGCGUGUCAACAUGUUGACGUCAUCAAUAUUUAGGCUGACGUAAUACCCACCAACCAACGCAGAUAGAGAUGAAAAUAUUUCAGUUGAAAUUAGUAGAAUAUGGUACUCAAACAGCGCUGAGCGCUUGAAAGUGCCACUACAAUAGAAGCUGUAAGUAAAAAGCGUCUAUGACGUCAAAGUAUGCGUUCAGGGAACGUGUCAAGACCAUGACGUGCGUUAAGUUUUUGACGCCAGAGAGUUCACAGAUGCCUAAAUAGCUGACCAACCAGCGUUCCACAUCAAAUUUAUUAUGGCGCUAAACAAAAGCGGGCAGAACUUAUUACGGUGCUUGAGAAUGAUUGCAGACGUUUCUCUAACGAUCACCAUUAGAGGUUGCUUUCGAUGAUAAUGACGCCGAGAAAAUUCCAAACGAACAUUCGCAGCUUUUUUUUUCCGUCCACACUUGUCACAUGUUUGCCUAACAUCUGAGGGUUCUUGGGAAAUUGAAGUUCGGAAACUAGGUCUAGGUCGAAUUUCUCGAAGACAGGGCAUGUUCUAUACAUAUGCUUAUGGUUGCCUGAGAGAUGCGUUGCUGUAGUUUAUUUAUUGCAAUUUGUAGAUAAACGCUAGCCUAUUGCUUAAAAUUGAUCCAGUAAGAUCUUCAUAAGCCAAGUAAAAGGGCGGUACGAAAUCUAAAAGAAAUAUGUAAUUUUAUAACAGUAAUUAUUUUUGGUGACAUGCCAAACGAACGCCUAGAUAAGGCCUGUUCCACAAAGCGAUGCAUGACGUGCACAUAAAGAAUGUAUGAAAAACCAUAGUGACUUCAUUAUUAGAACCAACAUGGUUUCAAUUUUUUACGGAUGGGAAAUUAGGCCAACAUAAGACAUGUAGCCUAUACCGAGUACAGAUGAGAUUAACCUCAAAUAUAAAAUUUCCAGCUUUCGAAAUAACGAGUGCAUCAAGACUUGCAAAUAACGGCCAAGAUUCUGAUGUUGAUAAAUUACGAAUCUACUACAUUACAAUUUUCAAGUCUUAUGCAUUAUGUGCAGUGUACAUUCGUUGUCACUCAAGCGUCGCUUUGGGGGCAUACAUGCCAAUUCCUCAGUUUUGAUGUUUCACAAUGAUGUAAGAUAUUCAUACAAUUCUCAACUUGUCUUUAUAUCAACUGCCAUUGUUUCCAAAACGAUACGGUGCGGGAAUUGAAAUUUAAGAGUUGUAUGUUUUCAGCCAAUAAUUCAGGCGAUUUGGUAAUAGCAUAGGAAGAAACGUCUUCCCCUACUCGCGUAUGGUCUUUUCUAUUACCUUCUCCGUAUUAACUGAAUGUGUACAUAGUUUUAAGUUAAUCAUAUUUAUGUUAUUAUUUAACUUGAAUGACAUCUAUUCUUCUUUUCUCAUAGAUGUUUACCACUGAAUAAAUAU